AAUAUGAACAAGAAAUAUCAAAUUAAUGAGAAAGAGAUUUCCACUGGUCAGCCAGAUGCUAAGAGAAGCAUCUAUGUUGCUGAGCAGGCAAUCCUUGUUGGGAACAACGGAGAUAUAGAAAACCCUAAUCCACAAGCUCAGAAUGCAGAAUUACAAGGUAUCCCAAUCAAAAGUCAAGGAGCAGCAAGCCUAUUAUCUUACACUUCAGAGUCCUUACGGUCAACACGUUAUAACAGCGGAUCAAGGCCCCGACUUUAUCAACGACCCUGGACAAUUAACCCAUCCGGUUCCUUACGAAUGUAAAUAUUGCCACCACUCUGGUAUAACCAGAAUGAAUGUGGUAGCCACUAAGGAAAAGAAAUUAGUGAUUAUUUUCUUGAUAAUAUUCCUCUGCUGCUGACUAAUUCCCUGUAAGGGUACUCUCUAACCUCGUAGUUAUGAAACAUCUGGACAGGUAUGAACAUUACUGCACCAAUUGUGGGAAAUGAAUCAUGUAUUACCAAAUCAUGGGGCAUGGUUAAAGCGAGUAAACAUCUAUUGGGAUAGCAAACUUUGAAGGAUUUCAUAAUCUGAAGAUAUU